UCACAACACAAAAUACUACAUGCACAAAAUUGUUCUCUCUCAAUUUGUUUCUAAGCUAUUAAUUUGCAAGUGUUAUUCAAAUGGCUUCUACUUCAAGUUUAGGUUUGAAAAGAUCAGAUUCAAUUGCAGAUACAAUGCCUGAUGCUUUGAAGCAAAGUCGUUUCCAUAUGAAGAAAUGUUUUGCAAGAUUGGUUGGAAGUGGGAAAAGGUUAGUGAGACUAAAUCAUAUAAUGGAAGAUGUUGAGAAAACAAUUGAAGACAAAAAUGAGAGGAAAAAACUUUUGGAGGGCUUAUUUGGAUACAUCCUCAGUUGCACUCAAGAGGCAGCUAUUGUUCCACCAUAUGUUGUUUUUGCAGUAAGGCCUAAUCCUGGCUUUUGGGAAUAUGUUAAAGUGAAUGCAGAUGAUUUGCAAGUUGAUGGUGUUGAAGCUUCAGAUUACUUGAAGUACAAGGAAAUGGUAUUUGAUGAGAAGUGGGCAAAUGAUGAAAAUGCUUUGGAGAUAGAUUUUGAAGCUAUUGAUUUCACCACACCACAUAUGGCUCUUUCAUCUUCUAUUGGAAAUGGACUUGAUUUUACUACUAGAAUCUUGACUUCAAGGUUGACUGAGAACUCACAAUGUGAAAAUCCAUUGCUUGAUUAUUUAUUAAGCCUUAAUCAUCAAGGAGAGAAUCUUAUGAUAAAAGACAGUUUGAAUACAAUACCAAAACUUCAGCAAGCACUAAAAAUAGCAGAAGCAUAUGUAUCUGCACAUCACAAAGACACACCAUACCAGAAUUUUGAAAACAGGUUCAGAGAAUGGGGAUUUGAUAAAGGGUGGGGAAACAAUGCAGGAAGGGUUGAAGAGACAAUGAAAAUGGUUUCUGAGGUAUUAGAAGCAGCAGAUCCAAUUAAAUUGGAAUCACUUUUUAGCAGGCUUCCAAACAUGUUCAACAUUGUUAUUUUCUCUAUUCAUGGAUACUUUGGUCAAGCUGAUGUUCUUGGAUUGCCAGACACUGGAGGACAGGUAGUAUAUAUUCUUGAUCAAGUAAGGGCAUUAGAGGAAGAGUUACUCCAUAAGAUUGAAUUGCAAGGCCUUAAUGUGAAGCCUCAAAUUCUUGUGGUUACACGUUCGAUACCAAAUGCAAAAGGAACAACAUGUAACCAAGAACUUGAACCUAUCAUCAACACUAAGCACUCUCACAUUCUUAGAGUCCCUUUCUAUACUGAGAAAGGAAUUCUUCACCAAUGGGUGUCGCGUUUCGAUAUCUAUCCUUAUUUAGAAAGAUUUGCUCAGGAUGCUACUACAAAAAUUCUUGAACUUAUGGAUGGAAAGCCUGACCUCAUUAUUGGAAAUUAUACUGAUGGAAAUUUGGUUUCAUCCUUAAUGGCUUCUAAACUUGGUGUAACUCAGGCAACUAUUGCUCAUGCUUUGGAGAAAACAAAAUAUGAAGAUUCAGAUGCCAAAUGGAAUAGUUUUGAUGAAAAGUAUCACUUUUCAAGUCAGUUCACAGCUGAUAUAAUCUCAAUGAAUGCUGCUGAUUUCAUCAUAACUAGCACUUACCAAGAAAUUGCUGGAAGUAAGGACAGGGCAGGACAAUAUGAAUCUCACACUUCAUUUACCAUGCCGGGACUUUGUCGCGUAAUCUCAGGCAUUAAUGUAUUUGAUCCAAAGUUCAACAUUGCUGCACCAGGAGCUGAUCAAUCUGUUUAUUUCCCUUUCAAUGAUAAAAAACAAAGAUUGACCACUUUUCAACCUGUCAUUGAAGAACUACUUUAUAGUAAGGUUGAAAAUGAAGAACACAUUGGUUUUCUGGAAGACAAGAAGAAACCAAUAAUCUUCUCAAUGGCAAGAUUUGACAAAGUGAAAAACAUGAGUGGCCUAGUUGAGUGGUAUGCAAAGAACAAAAGGCUAAGAAAUUUGGUAAACCUUGUGAUUGUUGGAGGAUUCUUCAAUCCUUCCAAAUCAAAAGACAGAGAAGAAACAGAAGAAAUCAAGAAGAUGCAUUUCUUGAUGAAUGAGUACAAACUACAAGGUCAAUUCAGAUGGAUUGCUGCACAAACCGAUCGAUAUCGCAACGGAGAGCUUUACCGAUGCAUCGCCGACACAAAAGGAGCUUUUGUUCAACCUGCAUUGUAUGAGGCUUUUGGUCUCACAGUCAUUGAAGCUAUGAACUGUGGAUUACCAACUUUUGCCACAAAUCAAGGUGGUCCAGCUGAAAUUAUUGUUGAUGGUGUCUCAGGUUUUCAUAUUGAUCCUCAUAAUGGAGAUGAAUCAAGUAACAAGAUUUUUGAAUUCUUUGAGAAGUGUAAGACUAAUGUUGAACAUUGGAACACAAUCUCAAAAGGUGGUCUUCAAAGAAUCAAUGAAUGUUAUACAUGGAAGAUAUAUGCAAAGAAAGUGUUGAAUAUGGGAUCAAUUUAUGGGUUUUGGAGAAGGUUGAACAAACAACAAAAGUUGGCAAAGGAUAGAUAUAUCCAAAUGUUUUAUAAUCUUCAAUUUAGGAACUUGGCAAGAAAGGUACCAAUUCCUAGUGAGGUACCUCAAGAUCAUCAAUCAAUGUCAACAAUUCCAGCCAAAAAAUCAGAAGCAAAAGCACAAUCUACUUUCAAAGGGACUGAUGAAGCACAAGCAAAAGCUGAAUCAUCUCAAACCCAAAUGGUAGCACCACCAUCCAAAAUCGAUUCUCACUCAACACCAAGGGAUGAAGCUUCAAGCAAGGAACUAGUUGCUUCUAAAGAAAAUGGGGGUGUUUUGUUUGGAUUAAGUUGGUUGCUUCCAGGAAUUGCUUUUAUGUUAAUAAUUCAUUACCUCACUAUAUAUUUGGAACGUUUAUUCACAAGGGAGCAAUAAUAAUAAUAUCUAAGAUGGAAUCACAAUCAAAUGUGGAUUUAAUUUUAGUUUUAACUCAUUUGUAACUUUACCUUCUUAUUUCAAUUUUAUAUUGUAAAUGAUUUCAGUGGUACAUAACAAGUGUCAUUUCAACAAUGCACAUUGGAAUUAUAGUGGCAUUUGAAGUCAAAAUAUUUCAUACUAUAUUUAAA